UCUAUAACUUGACCUUUAUUUACGUCACAGUUGUUUACCGUAGUAUGCGAGAACUGUUCAAAGCGCUGUAUAGUUCUAAUUGUAUGAUUGCAAGAUGAAAAUGCUACCAAAGCAAUUCAGAGCCCAAGUCGGGAUCUCCCUAGCUCUGAUUUACACCCUAUGCAUUGUGCAUACAGUGCACGCACAAAAUGACAGCGAAGCUGCUAUUGACCCUAGAAACAUCGAAUCGCUCUGCAUAAAACGCUGCCUUGCACUUCGGCAGCACUUGACAAGAUUUCGUCGAAGAAGAGUAGAGUUUGCGAAUGUAAUAGCAACGCGGAUCGCGCGGUCAAAUUGCCAUCGAGAUUGCACCAAGGCCAGGUCCGCGAGAGAAGCAGCGUCAUCUCGAGCACCAAGAAAUGAAAGGAAAUCGAGGGCUGCGCCGACGAAAGAUUGUGGUAACCUUGACUCUGAUCUAUAUACCGGAGAGAUCCGUAAUUUGACCGUGGACUUCACACAAGAAAACAAUGGCUCCCUGGCGGCGGGCGUGUCGUGGGUGGCUCGCGUAUCGUGGGAUCUGCAAUACGCAAAUCUGAGUGCCGCCGAUGAGGAAAGAUGGCAGGGGUUUAUUGUGAGGUGGUUUCCUCCCCCACCGGACAGUGACGUUCAUAUUGGAGUACCAUUUUGUCAACGAACCGACAAGAAUCAAACGUGGAUCACAUUGGUAUCUGGGGAAGGAGGCUGGACAUACCCACAGGCAAUCCAAGUUUUAGUCCAGACAUAUCCGCUUUAUAACCUCCAAGCUCCGUCCAGUUUUUCUGAGUUUAAACCAAAUGUGACGGUAGGGUACUCCACAGCAAGAGCUGCAUCAACUAGCUCCAUGGGACCCACCCCAUCAAGCACUCAACAGAUUGUCAACACCACAUCACGACACUUACCAUCAGCAUCUUCACCGUCUGACCCUCAGCAAAUGUCUAACACUACCACGCAAGAGUCGGACAACCCGCAACACGAGCUUGACGUGAUGACCACGGUGACGAUAUGUGUGGGGACAGCAGUGGGGAGUGCGCUUGUGUUUUGUCUACUAAGACGCAUUCACAGACACUAUCAGAUCUGUAGGAUGACACCUGCAGGAGACCCAAAUUACGAGUAUGACGCAUCAAUCAUCUACAGCAGUGGCGACCAGGAGUUCGUGUCGAACGAGCUCCUUCCUCUACUAGAGACGAAAUACAACCUCCGCUGCUUCAUCUACUAUAGAGACUGGACUAUUGGUGAGAAAAUCCACAAGAAUAUCGCAGACACCAUCUAUAAGAGCCGAUAUGUGAUCGCAGUGAUGUCUAAAAACUUCCUCAAGAGCAACUUUUGCCAUGCUGAGCUUUCCUUGGCCCUGGAGCGGGUCAUAAGUCAGAGGGAUUGUUGUCUGAAAGUGAUUAACUUGGAUGGCGUCAGUAAAGAAAGUCUACCCAAGGAACUACAAAACCGGACUUUUCUUGACAUGUCUCAGACAGAGGAGAGAAAAACUUGGGAGUGGAGGAUUGUCAGACAAAUCAGCAGGGAGGAGAAACCAGAGCAGAAGACUCAAGGAAGACUCGAAGACGCAAAGCAUAAGAAGGAGAUGUUCGCUUUAUCCAAGUUGAACUACUAUAUCCGUAUUUUGUAAUCAUGUUAUGCUAAGUAGCAUAUUCGCUUUAUGAAGACCACUAAUACUCCGUACAUCGUAAUCUAAGUAAUGCCGAGUACUGUACAAUGUUCACUUCAUUCAGGUUUUACUACUA